AUGAAGCUUCUUCAAUCCACUUUGCUCGCUGUUGCCUUUGCGCAAACUGGUGAUUACGGUGAUUACGCUUACAGUGUCGACCUUACUGACGCUGCUGACGAUUCGUUGUACUUCGAUCCUCGAGGACGAAAGAACAAGAAGCAGAAAUACACCACUCCAGAGCCAACGACCACCGAAGCAGCUACAACCACUACCACUACCACCACGACAACCACCACUACUACAACCACCACGACUACAACAACAACUACGUCCACUACCACCGCACCAGCCGAAGAAGAGAAGCCAAACAACGUCGAGUACGUCGUCCCUUACCUCUACGAAGACGAUAAUCAGAGUGAAGGUUCCCAAGCCCUCAAGGGUAACCAAGAUCUUGCUGGAAUCAUUGAUGAUUACGAGUACAACUACCAGGAUUCUAGCUCCUAUUCUGACAGCUUUGCUGAUAGCCAGCGAGGCAAGAAGAAAAAAAAUAACAACAAUAACAACAACUAUGACAACAGCAACUACGAGCAAAACUACAACAACAACAACCACUACAACGAGCAUCCAGUUGACCUUAACUGGGCUCCUCAGAUGUCCAACCAGACGGAACAGGUCUCUAACCAAGUCCCACAACAGUCUAACCAAGUCGCUCAACAAUCUAACCAGGUUCCUCAGCAAUCGAACCAGUACGAGCAGACUUCCAACCAAUACCCACAAAUGUCGAACCAAACUGAGCAAUACUCGAGCCAGGUCGAGCAAGUAUCCAACCAGGUUGAACAGGAAUCCAACCAGUACGAACAAGACUCGAACCAAUACCCACAACUCUCCAACCAAACUGAGCAAUACUCCAACCAGGUCGAGCAAGUGUCCAACCAGGUUCCACAAGAAUCCAACCAGGUGGCUCAGCAGUCCAACCAGCAGCCCCAGCAGCCCCAACAAGGAUACGAUCAAGGAUAUUAA